CUUCUGGUCUGGGCCAUGGUCAGCUGCGAGAAUACUGUAUCUCAGUAUCCGAUACUUGGCUCUGAUAGAAGUGAUGUACGUGUUUAAUGCCAUCUUAUAACGUCGCACUAGUUGACAAGAUUAGUUUGGUUCUCUAUGGAAGCGCCAUACCUUCCAAUUCUACCGUGGAUAGUGUAUUGCACCGGCUUUUUAUUGUGGAUUUCACCUUUGUAAUCGUCAUCUUGGAACUUUGCCAAUGCGUAGUAACAUUGCGGAUAUGGCAUCUAUUUCUUCGGAGUCGCUUCAUCAGAUGGCUGGCGGUCACCGUUUUCACCGUUUCGGCAGCAGGAACUGCAAUGGCUGCCGCCAUCAAGUUCACUGACGUUAGGAAUGCCAUGUUCUGGAUAUACGACCCGUCGACCUCGUCGCCGAACACUUCAUUUUUAUCCGUCAUCUACCUGCCAGCCUUACUUGUCCAUACGACCAUGCUCUCAUUAACGAUACAUCGUUUUUGCAUCAGCUCAGCAGCCUUACAGACACACGGAAUCAUCCACCGGUUCUUAAAAGAAGGGGUGUUCGUGUAUGCGUUUGCAGCCGGAGCGCUGCUGUACGAAAUCAUUGGUCUUUCUCUGACUGGACCACGGGAUAUAAGCGUUUUCUAUUCAGCUCUGGGGGGAGAAAUAGCAGUAGCAACUACUGCCGUCUCCGUCUGUCGCGCGAUGAUAAGCAUCCGCUCCUUGGCUGCAACUUACCACGUCGAUUCGACAUGGCUGCUCAACCAUGCGGAACUCAGUCGUGUCCAAUGGAGAAGAGGAACUACUGAAGGAGAAAUCUUCGUUGAAGUCAACGAGAUGGACGUGGUUCUCCCCUCAGGACCGCCGGAGCUACCUGCUUUGAAAACAGAGUACCUGGGCAAGAUUUGAGGUCGAAGUCGGAUGUAUCCUAUGUAAAAAAACAUACUUUUUCUCCAAAUAUCAGAGCUUAGCUAAUGGUCAGAUAUUUACUGAGCGAUCUUAGUGGAGUGGUGCACGGAAAGGGAAAUGGUUGGCUAAAGAAGUGUCUUAUUAUGUAGAACAGAGGAACGGAAGCGGACUUACAUCCGUUGGACACCGUAGUUCAAAAUUAACUUACUUUUAAGAACGUAUGCUGAGCAAGCACGCAAGAUAUACACUAGGCUAUUCAUGAGGAGACCCUGUAGUCGGUGG